AUGCUUUUAGACUCGGACCGGAAGGGCUCGAUUGACCUCGACGAGUUCGUCUCGGGCUGCAUGCAGCUGCAUGGCCCGGCCAAGAGCUUGCAGAUGGCGAAGAUGAGCUAUGAGAACAAGCCUCUUGGGAUGAGAAGGUGGUGCACUCUGACGAUGGCAUCACAUGGAAGUGGAUGCGGCAUAGGCACAAGACGACGUUCCGAAGCAGCGAAGCCGGGUGGGCCAUCCACCUCCAUGUCAUGUGAGUGGCAGCAUUUGCUUCGGCCAGCCAGCAUGGUCCAGUGGUCCCGUCUUCACGGAAGCACGGACGCACCUGGUGUUCCUCCGUUCGGUGUUCCUCCGUUCCGAUCCGACGGAUUUCUGGAGACCAAUCCAGUCACGGAGCUCGGGGGGUGCGAUCCACGGAGGAAGUCGUGGUGCCCAUCAUCCACUCACGUAAGGGGAUGA